AUGACAGGACAGUGGAAUGAGGGGGAUUUACUUUGUCCCACUUGCUAUGCUGAUCAAGAAACAGUUUUGCAUACAUUGAGAGACUGCAGGGUGGCUAGACAAGUCUGGGAGAUAUGGUUCUCAGGUAUUUGUACAGUGUUGGGAGCUGAGUUAUGGGGCUUAUACCAUGGUCUCAAGAUGGCAGGUGACUUGAAGUUCAAUAAGGUUUGGAUUGGUUGUGAUAGCAAAGAGGCCCUGAUUUGUUUAAAGGAGGAUGCUGAGUUUUGUGGGUUUUCUUCCUUAAUUUGCAAGAUCAGAAAAGCUGCCAAGGAGAUAGAUCAUCUUCAGCUGGAAUUUAUCCCAAGAGAAUUUAAUGUUUCUGCUGAUUUCUUAGCUAAAUUAGGCUUUAGUCUUAAGGGUGAAGAGUUGAUGUUUUACUCCUCUCCCCAUGUUAAUAUUUUACCUUCUUGGUUAGAUUUGAGCUCCAAUUUGUCAAUGGAGCAUAUGUGCUUGAACAUGCAUAAUCUGGUUGUUUAG